CACGCGCUUCUUCCCCAAUCACUAAAACUUGUUCAACGCUCAAGCCGAUUCUAAAACUCAUCUCUUUCGCCAUUUUUUCCUCAGUGAUCUCUGAAAUGAUCAUUUCUUCUUUCUUUUGGGUCAAUUUCCUUGCUUCCAUCAAUGGGUAAUCGAAAGACAGAAGCUUUGUUGCGGUAAAGAUGAGAAAGUUUUAGUCUUUGACCCCAUUGUAGGUAGAUUCCUCUGUCUCUUGUGUAUUUUGAUCUGAUCUGUUAAUGGAUAAUCAAAAAGUUGCUCUCUUUCCCGAUGAGGUGAUUCUUCAGAUUCUGGCGAGAUUACCUGUGAAAUCUCUCUUCAGGUUCAAAUCCGUUUGCAAAUCUUGGUACAGGUUACCCUCUGACAAGUACUUUACUAAUUUGUUCAAUCAAGUCUCUGUCAAAGAGCAAUUUCUUGUGGCUGAAGUAUCAGACUCGUCGAGUUUGAUCUGUGUGGAUAGUCUGAGAGGUGUUACUGAGUUAUCAUUGGGUUUUCUUAGAGAUAGGGUGAGAAUUAGGGUUUCUUGUAAUGGUUUGUUGUGUUGCUCUAGCGUUCCUCAAAAGGGUGUUUACUAUGUUUGUAAUCCUUCGACUAGAGAGUUUAGAAAAUUGCCUAGGAGUCGAGAAAGACCCGUUACUCGGUUUAUUCCUGAUGGUGAGGCGACUCUUGUUGGCUUGGCUUGUGAUUUGAAUAGGAAUAAGUUUAAUGUGGUCUUGGCUGGUUACCAUAGGUCUUUUGGUCAGAGACCUGAUGGGAGUUUCAUUUGCUUGGUGUUUGAUUCUGAGACAAACAAGUGGAGGAAGUUUGUUUCGGCGGUAGAAGAGUAUAGCUUCACACACAUGGGCAAGAACCAAGCUGUGUUUGUUAAUGGGAUACUUCAUUGGUUGAUGAGUGGUUUGUGUUAUAUACUUACAUUUGAUGUUGAACAUGAUGUGUGGAGAAAGAUUUCUUUGCCUGAUGAGAUAAGAUGUGGGAACGGUGGUAAUCGGGUUUAUCUCUUGGAAUCCGAUGGGUUUUUGUCGGUGGUUCAGUUAUCAGAUGGGUGGAUAAAGAUCUGGAAGAUGAUAGAGUACGAGACUGAAACUUGGAGUGUUGUUGAUAGCAUAAGUUUGAGGUGUAUUAAAGGAUUGGUACCUGGAAUCUUCCCGAUCUGUCAGACCGGUGAGUAUGUUUUCUUAGCUACUUAUAAACAGGUUUUGGUGUAUAACAGACGAAGUAAGUUAUGGAAAGAGAUGUUUUCUUUAAAAGGAAGCUAUUCUCUGCCUUUGUGGUUCUCAGCUUACGCCUUUCGCAGCACCAUACUACCCUGUAAUUAAGUUGUUUAUGUUGCCUUCUCUCUACAUAUUGUUUUUGUUUAUUUUCAGCUCUUGGAUCCUUUAGAGCUUAUGCAAAUUUGUUUGCAACAAACUCUUCUUAAAUUAACAUGUAGAUCCCAACUUUUUCUCCAAUUCCUCUCUUGUAUGUAUUGUCUAUUUACAUCAGAACCUCAUUUUUCAUUUCAGUA